CUACGUAACGCGCACGGCGCACCGGUACGCAUCGUUCGUAUGAUUAUCGUCGCGUGCGCCGAGUUCGAGACAUUCGAGUCGUCGUCAUUCUUGUCGGUGAGCGGCGCCUAGUCGGCCGAUAUUAGUCCGCGAAUUUCCGACGAUCGUCUCCGUUUUCCCGCCACCCCGCUUCCCGGUGUACUUUCUCUCUCUUUCUCUCUGUCGCCCUCUGUUCUAUUGUACUCGUCGGCACGUAUACGCAUCGCGUAUCAUCGCGCGUACGGACGUAUAGAAGUUCGGAGUUCGGAGUCUCGGGAGCGCGCACACCGCAUUUCGAUCUCUUUUUUCCGGCGCGGUUGAUCGUAACCUCUCGUCUUCCUCGGCGGCACUCCUCUGCACUCCUCGCUCGCCCACUGAUAGACCCAGAUCGGUCAAUCAGUUUGGUUUUGGUCAAGAUGGCCGAGAAGAGCGGCUCGCCGGCCGCCACGACCCCGGAACAGCAGCAACAACAGUCCCAGUUCCUGUCGGACUUUAUUGCCGAGAUCGUCAAGAAUCCACUGAACCUCGCCCUCGUGGGCGUGAUCGCUAUUCUGGUGUAUAAGAUCGUCAAGAGCCGCACCCGGCCCGAGGAGACUAUACAGGAAGUGAAGAAGCUGCCGAAGCUACGCCGCGAUUUCACGAUCGAGGAGCUGACCAAGUACGACGGAAAAGGCCCGGACGGCCGGAUACUCGUCGCCGUCAACGGCAGCGUGUACGACGUCACCAGAGGCGCCAGGUUCUACGGCCCUGGUGGACCCUAUGAAGCGUUUGGUGGUCGAGAUGCCAGUAGAGCACUCGCGAGGUUUGAAGUAGUCGCUGCGACGGAUAAAUAUGACGAUCUAAGUGAUCUGAAUACUACAGAAAUGAAUUCUAUCAAGGAGUGGGAAGAACAAUUUAAAGAGAGAUAUGAUUACGUUGGAAAAUUAUUAAAGCCUGGCGAAGCACCGACAAAUUACUCCGACGAAGAGGACGAGGGUAGCCAACGGGAGACUGAAACAAAAUCAGAAAGCUAUGAUGCAGAGAAAAAAGCGGAUUGUAACGAGGCUGCCGAAAAAUCAAAGAGCGAUUGACCGCAUGAUCGUAUGUUGGAGGCAGAACUGUUACAGGAGCACACUACGCACACGCUGUUGUUACAGAAAUCUUUGAAAUUAUCGCUCAUGAAUAUAUUUCUGGACAUUCGGCCGAAUAUUUUAUUACUUGGUAACGGUAACCGGAUAAAGAAGCGAAAUGCUGGCUUUUAAUAUUGCAUUGGAAAUAUAUAAAACACAUUUCCGAAAAAGCUGGUGAUUAUACUAUGUGAAGACUUUAUUUGGGCGUCCAGUUCGCCGAUCAGCGUGCUGACGCUUGUGUCUUUUAAUGUUUUUAUAUAUGUACAAAAGAUUUUCUACCAAAAAACGCUAAGCCGAAUCAGUGGCAUGUAACAACAUACAUAUUCCAUUGUAGAUUCUUGUUGAAUUACUAUUUCGCUGUACAACACGCGACUGUACGCGCCUGUACCCGCACGAGUACGGCGAUAUGAUAAAGCUGACGUUGCAUUUGAAGUUUAGUUUUAAGUCUGCUUUAUGGAAUUUAAAUCCUCUCACGUUUAUGCAGAAUUGCGAAUUAAGAAACAGCCACCGAAUUGUGGGAGAGAGAAGAGGACAGAUAGAGGAGAGAAAGAUCAUACAAAGACAUACAUUUCGGAAUAAUAAGUUUGCGAAUGGCGCUCGUUAAUUCUGACCAAGCACUAAAGAUAUAGUUACAUUAAUGUUACACUUUUAAUAUGUAAUUGUAUCAGAAAUGUAAUUAUUAUCAUAAAUGAUGGAAAAUGUGGUAUACCGAUUCAGAGGUCUUUCUCUCACUCGCGAUUGUCUCGAUGAAACAAAUUGCAUUUUUUUUUUUUUUUUUUCACGUAAAAGUUUUAAUUGCUGAAGUAAUAUCGGAAAACUGAGCAUAACGCGUGUAUCUCUAAGUUUAUGUAUCUCUAAGUUUAUGCACAGAUGAAAAUAACAAGUAUAUGAAAUUUUUUGUGAUGGAUUUUAGCAUUGUAAAGUUCUAUUACAAAAAUUCAAAAGAAUCAGUAUUCAUAGAUAUUUUUUUUUUUUUUUUUUUUUUUUUUUUUUUUUUUUUUUAUCGUCUUAAGUAAUGUCUUGAGAUGUUGAUCAAUAUAAUUCUAUUUAAUUUAUAAUAUUUUCAGACUUUUAAAGAAUUGGCUUUUAUGAAUACUGUUACUCUAAGAUAUUACAUUCGCAAAUAUUUGCGUACUUCCGCGUUGAGUAGUGUUUGACACUGCAGCGCAUCGAUUUAUUAAUAGCUUUAUUCAUCAAUAAAAUAUGGGUUUGGUAAAUAGUUAUAUUUAAAAAUAAGUUUAAGAAUAAAGAUUAAUAUUAGAGUUACGUAAAAUAUAUAUACAUAUAUCUAUAUUUCUACAAGUGAAAAGUUUGCAUGCACUUCCUGUGUAUAAUUUAAAACUAAGAUAUAAGUUAAAUUGUAUUUUACAUCUUGUUAGCAUUUAAAAUGGCAAGAAAAGUAUUUAUUGUAUAUCACGCGUUGUGCUAGUAGUUUGAAAAAAAUGGUGUAUAUAAUUUAACAUGGUUAGAUAGUAUUGAUUGUGGCAAAUAAAGUUUUAUUAUUGUUUAUAUUAAUUCAACGGCGAGUGCACGUUCAGUUUGAUCGUCGUCAUGUACACGAAGAAUAUAUGGAUACUUUUAUUCUCUAAUUAA